CUGACAGCUACUGACAUCUAACACAUGCAUGCUGAGGGAUCACAACACACUUAUUGAAAAUGGAAGACAAAGCGCAGAUACAAGAAGCAAUUAAAUGCCAAGGUGAAGUCGUUCGGAAGUUAAAGUCAGAGAAGGCGAGCAAAGAGCAGUGCUAGGGUUGCUUACCACUUUUCUCCUAUUCUUCCUGCCCGAUCCUGGAUGACCUCUGCCUGCCUCACCCUUCAUCAUCACCAUCAUCUACCUCACCACCUGGGGAAAUCCAACCCAUUUGAUCUGCGCUGCACAACUCACUACCUUGGCUGAUGACCAUUGUGAUUGACUGGUGUGACCGGGCCUUGACAACACUUCUGGAUGAUGGUGCACCUGUAAUGAACUCCUGAACUUUUGCUCUUGCGGUUUCUGGACUUAUUUUUUUACCCUUAUUUUUUCCAUACCCUGUGCUGGGGAAUGAACAUACUGGGCAUGUUUUGUGUUCGUUCCUGGCCUGGUCUUGUGGGCUUUCGAUCAUGUGUCCGAUCCUUGCACGCUUUCCCUGGGAUCACUGUGACUCAGAUUGAUGAAGAGGUAGCCAAACUGCUGGAGUUGAAGGCUCAGUUAGGAGAUGAUGGCAAACAGCAAUUUGUCCUCAAAACAGCAAAGGGAACAAGAGACUACAACCCUAAGCAGAUGGCCAUCAGGGAGAAAGUCUUCAACACCAUCAUCAGCUGCUUUAAACGCCAUGGAGCAGAGACCAUUGACACACCCGUUUUUGAACUGAAGGAAACAUUAACAGGAAAAUACGGAGAGGAUUCCAAGCUCAUCUAUGACCUGAAAGACCAGGGUGGAGAGCUGCUGUCCCUCAGAUAUGACCUCACUGUGCCUUUUGCCCGCUACCUGGCUAUGAACAAGAUAACCAACAUUAAGCGCUACCACAUUGCUAAGGUCUAUCGCCGUGACAACCCAGCAAUGACCCGUGGAAGAUACAGAGAAUUUUACCAAUGUGAUUUUGACAUAGCAGGGCAGUAUGAUGCCAUGAUCCCAGAUGCUGAGUGUCUGAAGAUUGUACACGAAAUCCUCAGUGAGUUGGGCCUUGGAGACUUCCGUAUUAAGGUCAACGACAGACGGAUCCUGGAUGGGAUGUUUGCCGUGUGUGGUGUUCCAGAUGACAAGUUCCGCACCAUCUGCUCAACAGUAGAUAAACUGGACAAGAUGCCCUGGGAAGAGGUGAAAAAGGAGAUGGUGAAUGAGAAGGGUCUGUCAGAGGAGGCUGCCGACCAAAUUGGGGAGUACGUCAGCAUGCAGGGUGGAAUGGACCUAGCUGAACGCCUCCUUCAAGACCACAAGAUGUCUCAGAGUAAGCAAGCCUGUGCCGGCCUGACAGACAUCAAGAUGCUCUUCAGUUACCUGCAGAUCUUCCAGGUCACAGACAAGGUGGUGUUUGACCUCAGUCUGGCCCGGGGUCUGGACUACUACACAGGAAUCAUCUAUGAGGCAGUGCUGACUCAGGCAGGCGUGGCCGCCGUCUCUAAUGAAGCCCAAAAUGGCGCAAACGCAGAAGAGAGUGUUAGUGUAGGCAGCGUCGCUGGAGGGGGACGAUACGACGGCCUGGUGGGCAUGUUUGACCCAAAGGGUAGGAAAGUCCCAUGUGUGGGUGUCAGCAUUGGCAUUGAGAGGAUUUUUUCCAUCAUGGAGCAGAAGGCUGAGGCCUCAGCUGAGAAGAUUCGUACGACAGAGGUACAGGUCAUGGUGGCGUCUGCUCAGAAGAACCUUCUGGAAGAGAGACUCAGACUCGUCACUGAGCUCUGGAAUGCUGGCAUUAAGGCAGAGGUGAUGUACAAGAAGAACCCCAAACUGCUGAGUCAGCUGCAACACUGUGAGGAAUCAGGGAUCCCCUUGGUGGCCAUACUGGGAGAACAGGAGCUAAAAGAUGAAGUGGUCAAACUCCGUGUGGUGGCUACCAGAGAGGAGGUUGACAUUUCCAGAGCUGAUCUCAUCCAGGAAAUAAUGAAGAGGACUUCUAAGGCGUAGCCAUUCUCUUCUGUCCACUCCAACCACACCUGAUUGAUUCAUUGGCUCUACAGAAACUUGUAAAGAAUCCCCCUUCCAGUGUUUAAAGAGCUUGUAGGACACAAGGGCAGUCCUGAAAACACACCAAUCUUAUUUCCAAAGGAGCCACAGACUGGUUUUAACAGGAGCGUGUGCUGCUAAUGUUGUACUCUUACAUGCUGCAACAGAGCAGGAAGCCAAAUGUGAAACUAACUUGGAGUGUGUUUAAGAUGACUUAGCUUACAUGUAAUGUGCUUUGGGAAAUGUCUGAAAGACUUGCUUUCAGUAUCCACUUUGUUCAGUUGUGUUCUCUGGUGAACAAAUCACAUCAAACCUGCCAAGUCCAACAUGUCAGUGAACACAUAUGUAAACGACCAGAGUUGAGAAACUGUUAGACAUUCACUUUCAGCACAUGAACCAUCAAAUGAUUUCUUGCACUUAUACUUCUAACUUCAUCGCUUAACAGAAAGUGUCUCAUCUUUACCUGUAUCAACCAUGCUGAACUUCCCAGUGUCUGAAAUAAACUUUCAUUUUGCUCUGCUUAA